CAACCCUUAUUUAUGUUUAUUUAUUUCCCCUUUUGUACUUUAACUAUUUGUUACAUUGUUACAAACUGUAUAUAGACAUGACAUUUUAAUUGACUUUAUUAUUUUGGAACUACUGUGAGUAAUGUUUACUGUUAAUUUUGAUUGUUUAUUUCCCUUUGUUUAAUAUCUACAUCACUUGCAUUGGCAACGUUAACAUACGUUUCCCAUGCCAAUAAAGCCCUUGAAUUGAAUUGACAGCGCUCCCCUUCCUCUCUUCCGUUCUCCUCCUACCUCUCUCCAUCCUCUCAGUUAUUCUAAUCCGGAGAAUAAGCCGCUCCCAUUGGAGACAGGCAGGCAAGGGUGCCUGCCUUUAAGCGUGACGUCACGGCGCGCUAUAAGGAUAAAGUGCUGGCAGUCAGCGCAGACUGUUGGAUACUCGAGAGUGAGUGUGUCAGGAAGGAGAGCUCAUAUCUCUGCAGUGCAGAGCUAAAGGGCUACUUCUCCAACCAAAAACCAGACGCACUAGUCUUAUCUUAUUUUUAUUUACCUAGUGAAAAACAAGGACUAUACCUUAUAUCUACAAAGUUGACCAGGACAGGAGCCUGGGUCAACGACAACUCGGUAUUAUAUUGUAUUUUUAGUUAAAUGUUUUAAGUUGGUUUCUGCUGAAAGGACUGACGGUUUAGUCUAUGCACUGAGACAACAGUAUUUCGAUAUCCACUUCUCGUCUGUUGACCAGAUCAGAGCCAGUUAGCAGAAGUAGGCGACAUGAAGUAAAUUCCUAUGUCGUUUGCAGUGCCCUAGUCUGUUUUUUUCCGCUUUUUUUUUUCUUCGAUUUCUACUUUUUUACCUCUCCGAAUGGAGUUGCAUGCAACAGCACACGAGUCUGCAGCAUUGGAGGAAAAGCUACUGCAUGAGACAAGAGAGUGGAGAACAGACGCUUAUUAUUAAGAAGUGUGUUUUUGCGACGCUGGCAAACACCUUCGCCAAUCUGCAGAAAAGUCGUGGCGGCACCAUGAGCGCAGAGCUGAGCAUGGUCCCAGAGCUCCCCAACAGCCCUCUGGCUCUGGAAUACGUCAACGACUUUGACCUAAUGAAGUUUGACGUGAAGAAGGAAGGUCUGACCGAGCUGGGACGAGCCGGGGUGCGCCAGUGUACUCGGCUCCAGCCCCAGGGCUCUGUGUCCUCCACCCCCAUCAGCACACCAUGCAGCUCGGUGCCUUCCUCACCCAGCUUCAGCCCCAGAGAGCAGAAGAACCAUCUGGAGGAGCUCUGCUGGAUGCCCAACAGUGGGUACCACCAGCAGAUCGACCCACAGACGCUGAGUCUGACCCCGGAGGACGCAGUGGAGGCCCUGAUUGGAGCCACGACCCAUAGCCACGCCCCGACCCCGCAUGUCCAGCUGCAGCAGAGCAGCUUCGAUGGCUACAGAGGGCCUCACCACCACAACCCCCAUGGCCAACCCCAACAGCAUUACCAUCCCUAUGGGGGAGGAAUUCCGCACAGCCACCCACAUACCCAGCACCACCACCACAGCCAGGACCCAGACAGCCCGUCCCCCGUCUCCCCAGACUCCCACCAAGCCCUCCACCACCGCCACCACCACCAACACGAGCACCAGGGGCAACAAGGCUCAGGCAACGUAGAGGACCGAUUCUCUGACGACCAGCUGGUGUCCAUGUCUGUGAGGGAGCUGAACAGGCACCUGCGGGGGUUCACCAAGGACGAGGUCAUCCAUCUCAAGCAGAAGAGGCGGACCCUAAAAAACAGGGGCUACGCACAGUCCUGCCGCUUCAAGCGGGUGCAGCAGAAACACGUGCUGGAGAACGAGAAGACUCAUCUGAUAAACCAGGUGGGGGCACUCAAGGCGGAGAUCAAUCGGCUGGCGCGCGAGAGGGACGCCUACAAACUAAAGUGCGAGAAACUGACGGGAACGGGAGCGAGAGGGACGCCUACAAACUAAAGUGCGAGAAACUGACGGGAACGGGAGCGAAUAACGGGAUCCGGGAGGCUUGGUCCACAAGGGAUAAUCCGUCAUCUCCAGAGUUUUUCAUGUGAGUUGUUAUUAUAGCUCUAUUGACUCUCCCCUACCCUACCACCAACUGUUGGGAUAAUCCGUCAUCUCCAGAGUUUUUCAUGUGAGUUGUUAUUAUAGCUCUAUUGACUCUCCCCUACCCUACCACCAACUGUUGCUGAUGAAGGGAUAAUAAUAAUCAAAUACUCCGUCACAUUGACUAUACUAAUGACAGCGACUAUAUUCAUAUACGAAUAAUUAUCCGUAAAAUGGUAAUAGUCUCAUAUGGAACCAUCUCUCUCCAUCCACGUGACAACAGAGAUAAGGUAGAAUGUUUGGUCAAUGCUGCAUCUUUGUAGAUUAGUUGCUUGUAGUGAAGUUCCUUUUUCCAUCUUCCUGCGAGAAGAGAGAAACUUUCCUCUUUUCAGGCUACUGCUUUACUGUGUCUGUUAGUGGGAUGACCGACCGGCGUAUAGGUCUACACAACAAACAACGCAGAGUUUUGGGACUCACAUUUGACACUGGGCCUGGAAAAAGAAAAGAGAAUUGUAAAACAAGAAUCCACAUUAUGCAAUCUUGAAUUCUGUCUACUUAUCCCGCAAAGGGGGACAUUGUAUGCGACAUAUCAUUGGUUGCCUGCUUGGUUAUUUUCGAAUAUAUAUUGAAACAAAAAUCUCAUAAACAUAUUAAUCCUGCAUGCUGGACAUGUACGGUAAUAAUUUAUAUUUUGUACUACUUAAUAAGAGCAUGUUGUUGAUCUGCGCUUCUCCAUAGCGUUGUUUAGAUGAAUGGAAUGGGGACAGUACAGCAGGGCUGCCUGUGCAAUAUCAUGGUGUUCUGUAGCCUUGCAAAUAUUACGCAACGCAAAACUGCACACCAUGAUUGAAGAGGCGGGUUUUAACCUUUCUUUCUUUGAGUUUUCCUUUCUUCAUGUUUAUGUUUGAAUUUCAUUCUGUGGGUAUUGUUUCGGAGAUAUGGACAUUGUGCAGUUGCGUUUAAAGAUACCAAACUGUAUAUUAAGUGCACUUUAUGGAUACUGGCUUGUUUUAAGUUUUCAUUUUGAGUUUUGUGCAGUCGCCCUUAAAAGAAGACAUUCUAUGAUUAUUCUAUUAUAAUAAUAAAGACAAGAUAGAUGCAAGCUUAAUAAUAACCAUAUGACACAAUGUGAUGUAUUGUGUGAAACUGUAAAAACAAACGCCUCGCUAUAAUAUCAGAUGAGUGAGUACUUUGCGCACAACAUUUAAGCACCGUAACUGUUUGUUAUUCUCUCUCCUCGGAUGCAUAUAGGCUACAGUAGAAAAAUACUGUCACAAGUUAUUACAUUUCAUUUCAAUGUGGUGCUGUAGUCAGAAGAGUUUUUUCUUAACCAGAAAUCCCGUUCUGUUAACUAUUGCCUAACCCUAAUGUGAAUGUAAUGUGAAGAACAAAUGUAGCAGGAGAUUUAAUUGAAACUCGAUUAAAGUAAUUUAUUGGGUGCAGCUGCGUCGCGUUAACAGUCAUAUAGGCCUGCUAUAGACAUAUUUUGUACUAAUCCCUUUUUUAAUAAAGUCUCUCAAACAUGCUCAAUAAUGUUGACCAAAUGAGGGGUUUUAUGUACAAUUAACAAGUAUUUGGAUUGCGCAUGCGUUUCGGGAAUACGACGUUGAAAUAUAUUAAUGCUAUAUGGUUUCCCCAAAAAUAUUCUGCCGGUCAGUAAAAAAAAGGGAUUCAGGUUGUGCAAAAUCUCAAAAUGAAAACUGUUGUGUAUGUUAUAUGAUAUUAUCUUUUUGUCUAUUUUAUUAUUAUUAUUUGGUGACUCUGGUUCUGCUGGCCAGAUGCAUAGUUAAAGUUGUAAUUUUAAUGAUUAAAAUGAACAAACUGUCAGAUCAUAUUGAAUAAGCAUGGUGCUUGCAUUUACAAACUUGUUGAGAAGUCUUAACAAUCUCUUGGUUUGUUACUGAUUCAACUGUGUUGAAAUCAAAUUGAAACUGCAGCAGCGGGUUGUCGUUUUGUUUUUCAUUUCAUGUAUUUUGCGAUGAUCCGGUUUAAAUAAAUAAGAUACAAAAACAUAUUACAUUUGAACUGUUGUAGUUCCAUUCAGGCUGGUUAAUGUUUCGUCUUAUUUUUAUUGUUUUUGGAAGAAAUGGUUUCCUAUUUUGCUUAUUAAAGUCAUUGAAAUGGCA